AUGAGUUCCCCACCGAAAAGUCCUUUCACGCUUAUGAUUGAACGUGCCACUCGUCGUUUAGAGAUGUUCUUCAGGCGUAGUGAGGAACGUGAUGCUGCAUUAUUUGUAGAUCCAGGUUUAGAUGAAGUUAUUGUCAGAAUUGUCAAACCUUGGACAAUUCAUAAGUGUUUUAAAAAGAUUUUCACAUACAAUACAAACAAAACCAAGUUUGACUAUGAAAUAAUCACUAUUUUUACAACAGGAGAAUCACAUCAUUUAAAAGAAUAUAUUGACUCUUUAACAAACACUACAGCACCACCAAAAGAGAUCAUGAUCAUCUUCACUAACAGAUUUACAUACGUGGCUCGCCAAUUUCUUGAGCAGCAUGGCUUUCUACACAGAUUUACUUAUGAAGAGCUUCGUCUUCCGCUUUGGAUCCUUGAUCCCGAUCUCGGAACAAUUGAAAUGAAGAAUUCAUUCCUAAAUGUUGUUUCAGAUGGAGGAAGACUUGCUGUAGAAGCCGCAACUGAUGCAAUGAAAUCUAUUCCAGUUUACGAGCACUUUUCUAACAUCUUUUGCAUUGGCAAAAAUGCUAUUGAUGUGGGAAAUAACUUGCCGCAGAACUUCCAGUCAGGCUGGUCUCAUAUUUUAAUUUUUGAUCGAAAUGUCGAUUUACUUUCCAUAUUUUUGUCAACAUUUACAUACGAAGCCAUUGUUGCCGAGCAGGUGGGAAUAGUUUACGGUAUUGUCAGGCUUCAAAAUGACGAUACAGUUCUAUUUUCAUCAGAUGACUCAAUUUCAUCGACAACAAGACUACUUACGAUGCCGGAAGCUACGAGCCAGAUCAAAGACCUAUCAACUACUAUCAAAGAAGAGUUCGAAAGCUUCAAAAAGUCAGAAGCAGAUAUUCAUGGAAAAUCUGCAAUGAUAAAAGAGCUUGCGAACAGAGUUGUCCUCGAUAACAAGUCCAUAUCAUUACAUCUAGACCUUCUAGAAGCUUGUACGAACAAAGCUUUCGGAGAACCAGCAUUUCAUACCGUAUUAAACACAGAACUCGAUUUCUUACUUAACAAAGAAGCCAACCUUGAUGCAGUUAAUGAAUGCAUCGCUCUGGCCAAUGAUUGGAGGCUUCCUGUAAGACUUCUUGCGACAUAUUGCUUGACAACAAAAAUUGUUCCGAAAAUUGACGAAAUCAGGCAGAAUAUUAUAGACAAAUUUGGUGUCGAAGCACUGGCGGCUCUGUGGACUCUGGAAGAAGCCGGAAUCAUCAAGGAAGGAAGGAAAAAUAAAUGGCCGCAUACAAGGGACAAAUUCAAGUUGUACGUUGAAGAUGUUGAGACUGGACCGGGAAUUGUAUAUUCCGGGUACUCCCCGCUCUUCCUGAGAAUUUUGGAAAAAAUUAUGAAAAAGCAGUGGAGUGACGUCGACGUUACACUUGAUGAGCUUGGAAUUCCACACCAGGUGAUGGGAAACAGGCAGCCAAACAUCAAAAGAGCUCUCGUAGUCUUCGUUGGAGGCUCAAUGUACGGUGAAAUCGCAGCUCUUAGAAAGAAUACUUCUCUUGGUGCAGCAAUUGACAUCAUUACAACAGAUUUGUUAUCUGUUAACAAGAUCCUUUCACAAUUUGGAGGAUCUGCUUAA